ACUGGAUAGGUGUUUAUUUAGUUUGAUAAAUAUUUGAUUUCAAUUUGUACUUAACAUAGUACAGAUAUAUAUAUCAUGGCAUAUAGAAAAAGUGAACUUAAAUGUUGAUAUUAACAGUAAACAUCGUUCGUGUAAUCUUAUCAUCAAAAUGAAUAAUUGUAUGCAUCUGGUUGACAAACGCAAAAAGCUAAAACAAAGCAGAGCAAAACAGAAAGUUGAAGAGACCAAUGAAAAAAAACAUGACCAUUCAGAUAGUGUCAAAAAGACAUUGACAGAAAAAAAAGACAGUGAAAUCAAUGAUUCAUCAAAGUCACCUAUGAAUGAAUCUUUAUCAGAGAGUCGCUUACUUACACGUGAAGAUUUAUUGAAUUUAGACCAAAAUGAACCUCAUUGGAAAUAUAUUCGAAUAGGAAUGGUAAUUGCGUUUGCAACUGUAUUCUUUUGUCUUUUACUAACAUGUAUUGUUUACAUAAUUCAUGGAGAAAAAUGUCCAUAUGUACCGAUAUUACCAUUCUGGAAAUCAACAGUCGGUUAUUGGUUAGAUGUAUUUGCAUUUAAAGAUACUUCUGGUGAUUUGGUGGGUGAUCUUAAUGGUCUUGCAUCUGAAAUUGAUUAUAUUAAAACUGUAAUCGGUGCUGGAUACGUGAUAUUAGGUCCGAUUACAAAAGGAUUUUAUACUAAUUCAUAUAAUAUGCUUGGAUUAGUGGAAGAUUACAAGCAGCUAGAUGCGGCUGUUGGUACAAUGGAUGAUUUUCGUGUUUUUUUAAAACAGUUUCAUAAAAAAGGUAUAAAAGUUAUUUUGACAUUCGAUUUCAAUGCAAUCACUAUUAAUCAUAAAUGGAUUGAACAAAAUAAAGUCAAAUUAACUGUGUUUGACAGUAGUUUUCAAAAUAAGACAUCACGUUAUGGAAAUAGAUUAGAUUUGAAUGUCAAUGGUCAGAAAUAUUAUUCAGUAUUUGAAUAUCCAAGUAUAGAUUUAAAUUUAACUGAUUCUAAUACUCAGAGUGAGAUAUUUAAUGUAAUUGAUUUUUGGAUGAAAGAAGGAAUAGACGGAAUUCUUUUAGAUAAUGCUGCAUUUUUUGUUGAAAUAAAAGAAUUGAGACACAGUAAACUUACUACAACAGCAUGGCUAGAAAAUUGUCCAAAUUCUCAAUUGUAUCAAAAUGGAAGUGUGAAAUUUGUUGAAGGUGUCAGAAAAGUGGUAAACAAGUGGAUUCAGAAAACUGGAAAAGAAAAAUUAUUAGCUGUUAAUUCAGGUGAUACCGGUUGUGGUGUAGGUGAUAAACCAGAUCCAAUGUUAAUGUUCACUGAUGUGGUUGAUUUAAUAAUCAGUCGUGAAUUUGUAUACAAUCGAGGUGAAAAAGAACGUGAACUUUCAUUUAAACAAACAGCUAUACAAAAAUAUUUCACAUAUUCAAAUUCGGAUAAAGAGAAAUUUGGUUUAAUAACAAGUACUACAAAUAUUCCACCUAAUGGAGAUAAUGUUCAACUCAUAACAACAUUAUUACUACAAGGACAACCAAUAAUCUAUUAUGGAACUGAAAUCGGUAUCGAUCGAAUAACUAAUCAAUAUAUUCCAAAAACUAUUUAUCCAAAAGGAAAAACUUAUAAUGAUGAACCAUUUGAUCAUUAUUCAUCUGUAUUAGCUCAUUUACCAAUGCCAUGGGAUUUUAAUGGAAAAAGAUUUUCAUCAGAAAUAAACAGUAGCAGUUUUAAUGAAUAUUUGAAUGCUUAUAAAAAUAAGGAAGUUGUUGAAACUGAACUUGCUGAAGGACGUGAUCAAUCAAUACUUAUUCUUAUUCGAAAAUUAGUAACUUUACGUCAAAAUCCUAGUAUGAAAUGGGGUACAAUGGAACCGUUAACUCUUGAUCAGAAAUCUGUAUUACAAGCUGUAGCAUUUACACGACAAGCAAAAGGUUUCGCAUUAUUCAUUGUGGUUAUGUUGAAACAUUUAAAAGAGGAUUAUUUUUUAAAUUUAACACCUGUUUGUUCAUCAAUAAUUACACCGAGAAUAAUUUAUCCUACACAUCCAUAUUUAACAACUGAUAUUCCAUUAUCAACUUCAAAAUUAUUUGUACCUAAAUUGAAAUACACGGAUUAUAUUUUAGUAUUUGAAUGUAAUUAAAUGAUAUAUUUUUCUUCAGUUAUAGAUUUCAUUUAUUGAAUAGUUAAUCUUGAAUUCAAAUUUGUUUAAAACUGAUGGUUUCUAUUUUUCAUUCAAUGGUUUUAUAGAAAUAAUAAUAAAUUGAUCAAUGUUAAAUGACUGCUAGAAAGUUAAUUUGGGAUUGAUGGGAUUGUGGAGAUAACUGUUACUUUAACGAAAUAACCAAAUGAUCGAUGUUAGACCACCAGAGGUUCAGAGGUUAGGCAUUCGCGCGCAAGAAUGAAGAUGCUGGAUUUGAAUCCUGCAAGUUGCACUACUGAUGAGUCUCACACCAUGUUUCUGUUGGGGAUGUUAGAUCCCUAGAACUUACUUGAAAAAGGUCCUGAUUUUGUAAUUUAUUUCUGAAAUUUUGAUUUUUUUUUUAUGUUUUUGCGCAUAAGUUGCUCAGUUGGCCUUCAACUUACAUUCACCACUUGGAAAACUCUUGACUGUCAUUGGUUGGUGGAUUAUUUUAGUUCGCUAUUUUGUGGUUCUCACCAAGGUCGUUUUACUAUUGUGUAAAUAGGCUUGAGUU